AUGGGAAAGAAAUUCAAACAUUCAGAAAUAUUUCCUACUAACCCAAUGCUUAUGUGUAUAUGCGGUAGUUCUAGGAAAACUCAUCUCACUUUUAACAUGUUAACAACACCAAACCUUUUAGAUUUCGAUUCUCUCUAUAUCUACACAACAACACCAGAGCAAUCAUAUUAUCAAUUCCUCAAAGCAUUAGAAUAUUUACCAAAGAAAGAUGUUCAAGACAUAUUUCAAUAUUAUGAAGAGCACGAAGAAGAAGUGGAAAUAAAAGAUAUCAUAGAGAACUUCAUUAAAGCAAAGAAUUCAUCUUUCAAUCCAACGGACAUUAAAGAUUUUCUUACGAAAAAUGAUUUAGAUUUGUCUAAAAUUGAUAGCAAUCGAAAGAACUUAAUAUUGUUUGAUGACUGUGUAGAACAAACAAAUCAAGCUGUUCAACAAGAAUAA